CCUGCAGGGGGCAGCACCGCGGUCUGCAGGGCGCAGUGGAGCGGAACACAGUCCUGCUCUGUUUCCUGCACAACAAGCGCCACCAGCUGCAGAAAUGGCGGACGAUCUGUUUGACAGCAUCCUGUUGGCGGAUGAACGGUUCAGAGGAGAGGGUUUCCAGGAGGGGUUUGAGAGGGGAGCCCGUCGAGGACUACAGGACGGCCGUAGACAUGGAGCCUCUCACGGGGCCAAGCUGUCCUCUGAGAUUUCCUUCUAUUAUGGGUUCGCCAUCACAUGGAAAUGUCUCCUUCAACAUAACACAGAUCUCAAAUCAAGGAAACGCGUAAAAGCAGUUGAGGCUCUCCUGGGUCUGAUCCAAAACUAUCCUCUGGAUGAUCCACAGUCAACAAAUCUGCAGGAUAGCACAGAGAAGCUUCGAGCCAAGUUCAGACAGGUCUGCUCUAUGCUGAGUGUCCCCACUGACUUCAAGGAUUACAUCAAAACUGCUGAGGGAACCUCAUUCUGAAUCAGUCCUGAUGAGAAGGAGCAGAGUUGCAUCCUAGACUGAAGACAGGAAAGCUGGCCUGCUGUCAGUCUCAUAUGCAGCAGCAUGUCAUUGGUAUGCAGUGGAUUCAUUAGAGUGCUGGGAGUGUGAAGUUGUGUCUGUGUCGGUUGAACAUUAGGAAGAGUCACCGUCUACAAUAACCCGGAACAGUCUGAGGAGAUGAUGCAGUCUCUCUGCACUGUUUAACCGUCUGGAACUGAGCUCCAGUAAGACUCCAGAAACCGGGAUACGGACGAAGAAAUGUUGCGACUUUGCUUGUCUGAUGGUAAAAGAGUGGCUUUAUUCACUCCGGAUUCAGUGAACUCAGGAACUUAAGUGAAUAUCAAGACAGUGGUGAACAGACUUUGUGACUAAACUGUACAAAGACAACAAGACAAACUUGAGGGAGCUUUGAGUAGUGGUGAAAAGUGCAUUUAAUGAAGUACCUUAUGUGAAAUUUUGAGGAAAAAAGGAUUUUGGAAAUGUGUUUCUUUUUCACAAGUGAAACACAACAGAAUUCGCUUGUGUUAAAAUCAAAUCAACCUCCUGCACUUUGUAUCUUUAAUAAAUUAACAUUUUGACUUGA